AUGUUCAAAGCACUUCAAUCUGCACCCGAGUCCACCUCUGACUCGUUGAAUGAAAUGUCUCCCUAUUCCAAUCCGAGCUAUCGUUUCACAAUUACUGUGGUGGAAGGAAAAGGAAUUACAGGUGAUCGUGAUGUUUUUUGUAAACUUUGUGUGAACUCUCCAAAUUGCAAAAUUCAGAAAACUAAAUCAAAGAAAGGACAAAAUCCACAAUGGAAUCAAGCAUUCACUUUCGAACCCAUGUUUCGUAACUCUCCCAUGAUCAUUACAUUAUGGAAUUACAAUCUAUUGUCAAAAUCUGAGUUUCUAGGAUGUGUUCGAUUAGUUCCAAUGAGAAUUUUGAGAGAAGAGACCUUGUAUGAUUCAUGGUUUCAAUUAGAACCAUUAGAUACGCCACGUUAUAGAAAUUCACCAAUUAUCAAGAGUGCACAAAUUCGAUUACAAAUCACAUGGACCCGAUUAAUCGAUCGGAUCGAAUUAGUUCACUAUGGUUUCGAUGAAAAAAUUGAGAAAUCUGUUCAAAGAUAUGUGAAAGACACCAGUGGAAGAGGAAUUCAUUUACGUUUCAAAAAUCUCGACACAGACGACAUUGAAAGUGCAGAUGGUGUCAUUCCAGAUGGCAGAUCUGCCUACUUUUCGGGCUUUAAUUAUUUGGAAAGUAAUUUAAAUCCAACCAGGAAUGUCACCGAGUUCACCAUCAGUUUUUGGUUUAAAUGUGAAGAAGUCGAGAAGGAUUUCAUCAUGCUCAGUACCGUCACCACCAACAAGAGUAUCAUUUUGCAAGAAUAUAACUCAAAUUUGAUUCAUCAAUUGAACACUGACUCUGCAACGAGUCAUUUGGAGAAGUUAUAUAUGGCAGAAGAGAACCACAAUCAAUCUCCAAUCAUUACACUCACUACAAGCACGACAAGUAUCCCUAACAACCACUUUUCAAACUCUCCAACUCAAACUCCUCGUACAUUGAGUGUUCAUGGAUUGAAUGAUGAAAAGAAGCACCGAAGAUUAAGCUUAAAUUCUUUGGCAGUAUUGAACACUAGCUUUAACAAGAAAUUAGCAUCAAAACCAACCAAAAAAGAACAACAAAAAUUGGACGAGGAAAUUAUUUCCAUGAGUGGAUUUACAAUUGGUACCAAAGCUUCCGAAUUUUAUGAUUGUAGAGGUCAAUCUCUUGUCACAAAGAAGAAAAAGAAACAACAAACAAUUUCUUCUAUUUCACCCUCACCUGUUCCAGAAAUUACAUCAACUAGUAGCACAUCUGAUCACACAAAAACAAUUGAUUAUGAAGCAAUUUUCGGUGAUAUUCUUUCUAAAAUUACUGACUCAGAAGAAGGCUAUGGUUCUGAAUUAGGGUCCAACAGCACUCUUCAUCUCAAAAUUUAUGAUGAUGAUGGUGACGAUUCAGUGGAAGAAGAGUUUCCAAAACAUCAACUGUUCCUUGAAAGAGAGUGGAAUCAUUUAGCCUAUGUUUACAGCGGUGAUAGACUACGUGAGUACAUUAAUGGCGUCUUAACUGAGGACAAGAAGUGUGAUUUCGCCAUCUUAGGUUGUGGAUUGAACAAGCUUCAAGUAGGUGCAUCCAACGAUGAUUAUCGGUUCACAGGUUUCAAAGGCUGUCUUGACGAAAUAAUCAUUACCAAUUAUGCAAUGAGCAAACGUGAAAUAUCCAAGUUGUACAGGUACAAAGAUCAAUAG